CGACUGAGCGCGCCGGUGCAGCAGCGCGAGUCCCGAGCUCCGCGAGUGCGGCAUGCACUCUGUGCCCUGAGUGCGCCGUGCACCGUCAUGGCGAGCGACCCCGCCAACCCCGCCAACCCCGCCAGCCGCGCCAUGGACUAUCAGUGAGCCUCCGGCCGCCAUUUCUGGAUUAUCAGUGCGACCUCCUCAUCGCUGUCACUUGAAGUUUUGGACAAUUUUUGUCCCCUCCAACUUUUCUUUUGUGCUCGAUUUUUUUUGUGGAGCGACUAUAUAAUCAGUGCAAGUGUACAGUGCGCGAGUGAGUAGUGUGUGUGAGUGUGGUGUGUGUGUGGGUGUGACCGGGGCAGGAUGCAGUCCCCCUCACCCCGCCGCCCCAGCAUGGCCACCAUGGCCCUCCCCUUGGGAGUGUUACUUCUCCUGGGAACGUGCUUCGGUUCGACGCUAACAGAUACAGAAAAUGUGGAACACAUACGACAAGAGAGGGUCAAGCGGGACGCGAGUGACGUCACCACGCUGUACGUGGACCCUCUGCCCGGGCGCAGCGGCGUGCCCCCGGCCGUCGGCGUGGUGGGCACGACGCUGGGCAACGGCGCGUACGCCCAGCUGCUCACCACCAGCUCCAGGGUGUUCUACGAUGGCGGCGACCUGCGGUCCCCGCACCACCGGCCCACGGUCCGCCGGCCGCCCGGCGGCACCCCGGCCCCCGUCAUCGUGUACCCCACGCAGCACUUCGCCGGCCACGGCCUCAACUCGGCCGCGGCGAUCAAGGCCUUCGGGCUGGCCAACUCGGGCGGCCUGUACCAGACGGCCGUGACGAGCGUGACGCCGGCGCCCGCCAGCGUGGUGCAGGCCCAGGCCGUGGUGCAGGCGUCCGCCGUACCGGACCCGCUGCUCAGCGAGCCGCCGCAGGACAGCAAGAAGGGCAUCAGCAACGACCUGGACGACUUCCUGAGCCUGUCCGAGACGCGCAACGCGCUCAACAACGUGAUCCUCGUGAACGCGGAGCGCGACCCGCGCGAGUACGCGGCCAACAACGCGGACCGCAACAUCGACCUGUACAAGAAGCGGCAGGCCGAGGACAAGCCUCUCGACCUGCCCACCUUCACCGUGCGCCACGACUUCGCGCCCAGCGCCUUCUCCUCCGAGGAGGUGCACAUCGAGACGCCCGAGUCGGCCAAGAGCAGGAAGGACGCCAGCAAGAACCGGCCGCGCGCCAGCAAGGCGCUGUUCCGCGCCGGGCUGCCCGUCAAGUCGGACAAGAAGCUGGAGACGGUCACGUACCUCGGCUUCGUGGACUUCACCACCACGGUCGGCGACACCGUCAUCAUCUUCAUGCCCAACACGGGCGGCGCGCCCAAGCCGUCGCGGCCCGCGCUGGACGACAUGCCCGUGGUCACGGACGUCAAGACGUUCUUGUCGCACUCGCCCGGCAUGAUGACGCGCACCGUCACCGGCCACUCGCUCACCAUGCAGACCUCGCUGCCCACCAUGGUGGCCGAGCCCUCGCCCCGCCCCGCCGCGCCGCGCCAGCCUAAGCAGUCCGUGUUCCCGGCCGACGAGAAGGAGGACUUCAUGCUCAAGUCGUCCGUGCUGGCCAGGGAGCAGGCUUACGAGCCCGCGCCCGCCAGGCCGCGGCCCUCACACGCCGUGCAGCCCUCGGAGACCAGCACCCUGGCCGUAGCGCAGCCGUCCGGCGACGCCGAGCCCGCCGCCAACUACGACUCGUCCCGGCCCACCGAGCCGCUGCCCACCUACAGCACGCGCAUCUUGGAGGCGAGGAAGAAGGCCCAGCCGCUGGGACUGCUGCGCACCAUCGACGAGAGCGUGGUCAACGCCGGCACCACCACCAUGUACAAGAAGUCCGUCAUCGGCACCAGGGUGGACGGCACCUACCGCGAGGUGGUGCAGACCUCGUCCAGGGUCUUCUUCUUCCUGGACGACAUCGUGGAGCCCACCCCCGUGCCGCAGCGCGACAACAAGCCGCAGACCAUCUUCUCGCAGUUCGUCGGCGACGUCGACUCCACCACCAACAACCCGGUAACCGAGGACGCCGAUGACGUGAGCACGGUGCCGCCCGAAGUGACGACGCCGGAGAAUGACAUCUCCAACGAGGUGGACUCGGGCAAGAAGGCCGCUGAGGCCGCCGUCCCCGCCACCGCCUUCAUCACCAGGGUCGUGCCGUCCACGGUGUACAAGACCUUCACCUACCUCACCACCUUCUUCAUCCCCGCCGAGGGUUCGCUCACCACCACGUCCGUCAAGUCCAGGGAGGUGACCUCCACCGACGUGCUGCAGGUGACGCGUGUCAUCAAGGCCGGCGUCGACGCCGUGCAGGCCACGCAGUCCCCCACGCUGCCGCCCACCACGACCACCCCUCAGCCCACUGUGCCGCCCACCACGGAAGAGGAGGAGGCCACCACCAACGCGCCAACCACCACGACCACCACCACCACGACCACCACAACGGAAAAGCCGCCAACUACCACUCCGGAGAAGGAGGAGGUGACCACCGUCAAGGAGGAAGAGGUGACCACAGCGAGGGAGCCCGAGGACCCGACGACUCCCGAGCCCGCCGUCAUCACGACGACGCCCAAGCACAGGCCCACCACCUGGAGACCCACCACCACCACCACCUCUACCACCCCGAAGGACGAGGACGAGGAGGAGGAGCUGGAGGUCAUCUACAAGACGCUGUACACCACGUACACGUACCUGACCACCUUCUUCGAGGAGGCCACCACGAGCGUGGCCAGCAGGGAGGUGAUCGUGACCAACGUCGUGUCCUCCACCAUCGACCCCGCGCUCUUCGCCUCCGAGGCGGGCUUGCUGUUCGAGGACGCCGCCACGAAAAGCCCUUCGGCCUACCUCAUGGCCUCCACCGAGGAGCCCAGGAUCUCUCCCAGCAGCGUGGUGGCGGCGCGCCCCUCCGCCACCAGGGACGCUGAUGCCGCCCUGUCCCCCGAGGAGCGCGACCUGUUCUCGUCAGUCAUCGAGUCCGUGGACGUGGAGAAGGAGCUGAGCACGCCCACGGCCGCCUUCAACAGCGCCGGCAUCGUGGACUCGGCCGUGGACCCCAAGACGUACUACACCACCUACACGUACUUCACGACCAUCUUCGUGGACGGCGAGACGAGCGUCUCCAGCCGCACUGAGGUGUUCUCCAACGUGCUGGCGCCCACGCAGACGAGCGACGUGCAGCCCACCAAGGCCGUCAACAUCGACGUGAACAAGGUGCUGAACGCGGCGGACGACAACGAGGAGGACAACGACUUGCCGCGCGCCUACCUCAAGUCCGCCAGCCCCGAGGACUCCACCGAGGACUCGCGCUACACGACGCUGGCCAGGAACGAGGAGAACGCCCUCAGCCCGUCCGCCGUGCGCGGCGACGACGACGAGGUGUACGUGACGGAGACGAGGGUGACGGACGUGACGAGCAGCACCUCUGGCGGUAAGAAGAUGCAGCGCAAGGUGCUCGACGUCGUGGACUCGGGCCUGGACGACCAGAUCAGCUCGGAGAGCAACACGGAGGAGAUCGAGCCGUCCUACAGCCCGUCCGUGCUGCUGCAGACCAGCUUCACCACCUUCACCUACUUCACCACCGUGUACAAGGGCUCCACGUCCAGCGACAUCGUCAGCCGGCUGGAGACCGUCACCAACGUGGUGACAGAAACCGUCGCUCCGACCGAGACGAACGUCUACAACGACGAGGACGCCACCCUGCCCGUCACGUACUUCACCACCUUCACGUACUGGACCACCUUGUACAAGGAGGGCAGCACGCACAUCACCAGCCGGGAGGAAACCGUGUCCAACGUGGUGACGCCCACCGUGUCCGUUCCCAUGACCGCCUCCAUCGAGAUCACGCCCACCGCCGUGCUGGACAGCAUCGAGCCCACCGCGGCGCCCGAGCAGCCGGCCGACGAGGAAGUCAAGGAGCCCACCAAGGCCUUGCUGGAGCCCACUACCUACUACACGACGUACACGUACUUCACCACGUCCUACAUCGGCGACAGCACGAUUCUGAAGUCGCGCCUGGAGACGGUGACCAACGUGGUGAACGCAAGCGCGGCGCCCACCGUGGCCGCCAGCGUGACGGACGUGGACAACGGCCUGGGCAGAGCCAUCGCCACGCCGGUGCCGGAGCAGGAGGUGACCCCUGUGUACGAGGACAAGCCGGCCGAGGCCGCCACCGCGCAGCCCACCGGCCUGCUGUCCACCAUCGUAACGAGCAGCGUACAGGACGGCACCACCACCGUGUACUCCACCGACGUGUUCGGGACCUUCAUCGACGGGCUGUACGCGCAGGUGCUGGAGAGCACCACCAAGGUGCAGGAGGACAUCCAGCCCAGCCAGACGGAGGCCCCCAAGGCCGCGCAGCAGCCCACCGGCGUGGUGUCGCUCAACGAGGGCAGCAUCGUGGACGCGGACGGCGUGACCACCACCUUCUUCACCACCAAGGCCGUGGGCACGUACGUCGAGCAGCUGUACGCGCAGGUCGUGGAGAGCACCUCGUCCAUCAAGGUCGAUGAGGAGAAGGCGACGCAGACCCCCUCCCUGGACGCCACAGUCACCGUCAACGGCAAGUCUUUCCGCACCGGCCUGGUGCGCCUCAUCGAGGGCUCCAUCGUCAAGGACCAGACCACCACGUUCUACGAGUCACGCGUCAUCGGCACGCUCAUCGACGGCCGAUACGCGCAGAUCAUCGAGAGCACGUCCAGCUUCAAGGCCGAUGUGACUGCCACCGCCGACCCCUCGGGCGCCGUGUCCGAGAUCCUGGCCACGGCCACCACCAACAAGGGCCUCAACGUGCAGCCCACGGCUGGCGUGUCCACCAGCCCGUCGCCCGACGUCAUCGAGAGCUCCAUGGGCGGCGAGGGCUCCGGUUCUGGCGAGGGCGGCGAGGAGGACGGGCGACUCAACUUCUCGCAGCGCAAGCGCACCUUCACGCCGACCAUCCGGCCAUUCUCGUCCAGGAACAGGCCGACAUUCCUGCCGCGGCGCAAGGCCGAGAAGGCCACCAGCGCCACCACCAUCACCAGGAACUUGCUGACGCCCACUAUCACCGCCACCCCGGCGCUCAAGCCGGACGGCAACAUCGCGCCGUCGUCGACGCGCGGCCGGUUCGCGGGCCCCAGGAGGCAGAGCGCGUCCCUGGGCGGCUCGCCCUCCAGCGGCGUCAUCGACGUGAAGCCGUCCGCGUCAGGCGCGCGCCGCUUCACGGGGCGCUCGCGCAGCUCGUCGCUCGGCGCCGCCGUGCCGUCGCCGUCGUCCACCGCCUCGUUCGGCGCCGGCCGCCGGUCCAGCGCGUUCCGCCAGCCGACCAUCACGGGCCCCAGCCUCGCGGGCCCCACCAUCACGGGUCCCACCGCCUCGCGCACCAGGGGCUUUGCCUUCAGCAGGCCGUCCAGCAGCCGCGUCAACCCCAGCGACCACCCCUACCGCGCGUCAUCCGGCGCAGCGGCGCCUGCCAGCUCGGCCGGCCGCUUCAACCGCAUCCGCCCCACUAGCGCCUUCCCCGGCAGGGGCGGCGCCGCCACCGCGCACCCCCACAUCCACGACAACUCGCUGGGCCCCGAGGACAACGACCUGGGAAGCACCACCAUCGUGACGGAGGAGACGCCCGCCGUGACGGCCUCCGAGGAGCAGGAGACUCCCGCGCCGGCCACCACGACGGAGUCUUCCAGGAGGAGCAACAACCCGCUGCUGCGCUUCCGCCGACCGCCACUCGCCGGCAGGAGCUCCGCGUCCACCACCACCGCCAAGCCCAACACGACGCCAGCGCCGCGCCGCGGAGUGCUCGGGCGCCGGCAGGGCUCGGGCGCCGCCACCACGACGACGACCUCGACCACGCCCAAGCCGGCCAGGCCGCGACCGCCGCCAGCCAUCGCCAACGGUAGGCGGCCGGCCAACAACCUGUUCCCCAAGCGCGGUCUCUUCAGGAAGCCGGGGCAGGCCGAGGAGGAGGAGAAGAAGGACGAGGAGAAGGCCGAAGAGGAGGAGAGGCCGGCGGAGGGAGAGGAGGGCUCCGUCGUGGACAACGAGUACGAGGGCUCUGAGGUGGACAACGCCGAGUCCAAGUCCACGGCCGCCCCCACGGAAGAGACGCCCAAGCCCGGCCGCCGCGGCAAAACGGUGAACCCCGUGUCCAUCAGGCCCUUCAACGGGCGGCGCCCGCCGGGCAGGGUGCGACGACAGGUGGAGUACACGUACCCCAGCAGGGGCGACAGGACUUACUCCAGCGAGCGCCAACACAGCUCCCGCUACAGGCGGCCCACCUCGCGCACGCAGACGCCCGCCCCCAUCCAGGAGCGCGCCGACUACGUGGACUACUACGACGAGUACGUGGAGGUGACCACCAAGGCCGCCAGCCACGCGACGCGCUUCACGUCCAGGGCGCGGUCGCAGCCGCAGCCGCAGCAGCAAGUGCAGCAGCAGACGACGCACCACCGCGUGCGACCCACCAGCGCGUCGUCCAGCGCGGCGCGCGCGCAGUUCACGCUCCGCGAGAAGAGCCCCACCACGCCGGCGCCGCGUGCCAGCUUCCGCAGGCCCACCACGUCGCCGCGGCGCCGCACCAGCAGCUACGAGACGACGCCCGCGCCCGUCCGGCCGCGGCCGCCCCGGCUGCGCCAGUCCUACCAGCAGACUGAGGCCACGCCCGCGUACUCGCGGGGCUCCCUGAGCGCCUCCAGCCGCCGCAACGGCUACUCCAACAGCCGCUCGCGCACCUCGACGCGCGGACGUUACCGCGGCGACACCGUGGACGACGCCUACGUGGCCGAGUCGCGCUUCGACGGCACCAUCACCGUCACGCACAAGAUCCCCUCCGAGGUGACCAUCCCCGUGGUGAACGGCAAGGUGACGGAGUACAAGAACGUCCUGACGGCCAAGCCCAGCCUGCAGGUGCUGGGCCCGCACCAGUACUCCACCACCGUGGGCAAGGACGGCUCCUCGUACAUCCAGCUGACGAGCGAGGUGACGGCCACGCUGCCCAACGGCCUGCAGGAGGUCACCAGGUUCGUCGUCCACGAGACGCCCACCACCAGCGUCUCCUUCACGCCCACCACGAUCCGCGGCAGGAAGACGUCCUUCGCGCACGUGGUGCCCAGCACCGUGUACGACGUGGAGACCGUGGUGAGCACCGUGACGCCGCAGUUCGGCGGCGCCAACGCGCCGCUGGCCAACAUCCUGCUGUCGCAGCUGCUGCUGGGCAACAUCGGCCUGCAGCCCAACAUCGGCCUGCAGGGCAACCCGCUGCUCGGCGGCCAGCCCCAGACGCCGGCCACGCCCACCACCGAGUUCAAGACCAAGACCACCACGUACGUGACCACGCUCACGGAUCAGACAUCCACCGUCCUGCCCAUCACGCUCCGCGGCCAGAAGAUCUACACCACGCUCAUCGACUCGAACGUCAUGGUGAUCACGGCCACCGAGUUCAUCACGGAGACCGUGGUGGUGACGCCCACGGCCUCGCUGCCCGCCGUCAACAACCAGUUCAACUCGCUGCUGCUGCCCGCGCUGCUGCAGAACGCGCUGCUGCAGCCACAGCCCACCGUCAGCCCGCUGGCGCCGCUCGACCAGCCCAAGCUGAUGCUGGACGACGACGUCCUGGAGAACCAGUACGCGCCCAAGGUCAAGAAGGACGACACGGAGGCGGACGUGCGGCCCACGCGCGGCUCGGAGGAGGACACGGUGGGCAGUGAGGAGGAUGACGUCAAAGAAGCCAAGCCGGCGGCCAAGCGCUCCAAGUUCCGGCCCGCCAAGAAGACUGAGGUGGACCCCGCGCCCGCCGUGCCCGAGACCAGCGUGGUGACGAUCUACGUGUCCGGCCGGCACCCCGGCGAGUUCAGCACCAUCCUGUCCACCGUGACGCUGGGCCAGGAGGCGUCCGUGUCCGUCAAGAAGCGCGAGGCCGGCCUCGGCACGCCCGUGGAGAUCGCCCUGCAGCCCUCCAGGCUGCCCGCGCAGCUCGGCGGCUCCUUCGGGGAGGACUUCGACCUGAGCAUGGACAAGUACCUCAUGUCCGGCAUGAACGACAUCGCGGUGGAGAGCAGCGAGCUGGGCACGCAGAGCCUGGAGAGCAUCGUGGGCGACGUCAGUCAGUACGUCAACAUGCUAAGCGCCACGCCGGUGCGCGUCGAGGUGCAGGCCACUCAGGCCAAGGCCAAGACCGCCAAGAAGUACAACAAGAGUGAUUUUUUCCCCAAGGCCCCGCAGACUGCCACCACCACGGCCACCACCACGGCCCCAACCACGGCAUCCACCACCCCAGGCAGUGCUCCUAACAAAAGACCCGGACAGCGACGCAACAUGCCAAAGACCCCCCCUCGUUCUAGUCUAGUCAGUGCGGUGACCACGGCCGUGCCUCUGCCUACGGCAGUGGUCGUGACCGAGACGGUGGCCCGGGUGCGCACGCGCACGCUCACGCUCGUCGUGACGCGGCAGGGCGGCCCCGGCGACGCCGCGCCCCUCGUGGUCACCAGCACCUCCCUCUUACCCGACACGCAGACCCUCACCGUGACCCGCACCGUCACGCCGGAUCCGCCCCCGACCCGCCUUGUGGGCAGCGAGCAGGCGCGCGCCUGGAACCUCGCCACCAAGGUGAUGAGCAACGGCGUGGAGGUGAUCGUGGCGACGGACAAGAGCACCCUCCCCGGCGAGCCCGAGGUGCUGCGGGUGCUGCCGUCGUCGCCCAUCACCCUGGCGCCGUCCACGCUCACGGACCACAUGAUGCUGCUCAUGCCGUCACAGGUGGAGCUGGACUCGGCCCAGUUCGUGACGCGCACCUACGUGACGACUUACACGCUGGUGGAGACGUCCACCUCCAAGGAGCAGGUCGUCAGCAACGUCGCCACCGAGCAGCUGUCCCCCGCCGGCGCCACCAGCACCCCGCUCAGCUCAGUGGGCGUGACGGUGACGGCGAGCCCCGUGCUGAGCACGGCCGUGUACCACACCACCUACACGUACCUCAACACGCUGCUGGACGGCGAGGUGCCGCUCGUGCUCACGUCGCGCAAGACGGUGGCCAACACGGUGACGGCGCCCGGCGACGUGCUCGCCUCGCACGCCAGCACGCAAGACACCUUCAGCACCAACACGUACUUGUCCACCGUGCAGCUCACGCGCACGCUCAGCGACGGCGACCAGCUCAAGGUGGUGUCGACGCAGGACGUCCUCACGCAGGUCGUCAUCACCGAGUCCCAGCAGCAGGCGCAGCUGGUGACGGCGCCCCCGUCCACGCCCACUGAGCUCGACAUCGCACCCACCACCACCGAGGUGGUCAAGACGUACCUGGUGACCUACACGUACUACUCCACCUUCCUGGAGGACGAGCGCACCGUGGUGCGGUCCGAAGUGGCCGUCUCCACCGACAUCACCACCGAGACCUUCCUCAAGAAGCCCAAGCGGACCUCGGCAUUACGCUUGGAGACGACGACCCCCUUGGUGGAGCCCACGCCCGUGCCGCCCGAAGCCGAGGCCACGCCCGCGGCGUCACCCACCCCGCGGCCCGAGGAGCCGGCCGGGCCGUCCCUGCCGGCGCUGCACGUGGUGGCCACCAAGACGUACCUCACCACCUUCACGUACUUCACGACGCUGCUGCAGGGCGCCACCCCCGCCGUGUCCACCGUGGUGUCGUCGCGCACGCGCGUCGUCCAGAACGUGGUCACCGAGACCGUGCCCACGUCGCUGCUGCACCCCGACUACGUGCAGCGGCUCCGCAGCUCGUUCCGCGCCGACCCGUCCCUGGACACGAGCCGCAUCGUCGCCACGGCCACGCUGCAGGGCGGCCAGCAGAUGGAGAUCACGGCCAUGGUGGACUCGCCGGCCAACCUGGCCGCGCUGUACGCCAGCUCGGGCACCGUGUCCGGCUCGGCGCCCGUCGACGAGGCCGACAAGGCCGAGGCCGUGGCCACCCCCGCGCUCAGCCCGGACGUCAGCUCGGCGCUCAACGCGGCCGUGAGCAGUGCGGCCUCCGCCAUCAUGGGCCAGUCCAUGGCCUCCGCCGCCGUCAACAGGGGCGGAUCCAGCCCCGUGCUGCCCGCGCCGUCCUCGGCCAUCAACGACAAGGUCAUCACGGGCUCCACCAUCAUCUUCUUCGACGACCAGGAUGAGGAGAAGGCCAGCGUGCCGUCGUCCAGCAGCAGCGCCGUCAAGCACAAGACCCCCUCCGACAAGCCGAGCCGGCCGCAGCGGCCGCCCUCCAAGACGCACAAGCACAAGGUGAAGCCCGCCACGGCCGUCAAGGAGAAGCCCUCGGCGACGGCCGCCCUGGGCAACACGUACCGCACCUCCAUCCUGUCCUCCAAGACCGUCUCCGCGGCCGGCGCCACCCUCCUGCCCGGCGAGCAGGUCGUGGUGCUGUCCCGACCCGACGGCAGCGAGGCCGUGAUCCCCGUCAACCCCAGCAGCGCCAGCGAGCACCAGGCCACCAACAAGCGGCCCUCCGGCGAGAAGGUGGGCGAGGCGGUGGAGCAGGGCUCCAACCUGGGCAUGUCCGAGCUGCUGCAGCUCGGCUCCAUCGGCAUCAACGGCAUCAACGCUCUGCGGCCCGUCUUCAGCGCCAUGGCCGGCCUGCUGUCGCCCGCGAAGGAAGAGGCGCAGGCGAGCAAGCCGGUGCUGGUGGUGCACAAGAUGCCCCCCGCCCUGCCCCACGGCCCGCUGGCACACUUCCAGAAGCCGCCGCCGCCCGCGCCGCUGUCCGCCCCCGUGCUGCAGCCCACGUCCCCCGCCCCCGUGCUGGAGCAGAACCCCCUGUUGAGCUACGCCGGGCCGCAGCCGCCGCAGCCGCCGCCCCCGGAGAGGCUGGUGGCAGCCGGCUCGUCCAGCAACCCGCAGAGGAACCCCAUCUACAUCCCCGUGGGCGCGGGGGCCGGCGCCGGCAAGGACUCGGUGGCCGAGGAGAGCCAGCGCGUCGAGGGACACGUUAAGCUGAACGCGGUGUGGCCCGACGCAGAGCAGCGCCUCAAGCUGGCCCAGGAGGGCAACGGCGGCGUGGUGCUGGGCCGGCCGACGCUGGAGUCUCCGCUCUUGGCUGGCGGCAUCCCCAUCCAGCCCGGCCAGGUCAUCACGGCCAACUCGGACGUCAUCAUCGGCAAGCCCUCGGUGCACGGCCCCCGGCCCCCCAAGCGGCCCGCCAGUGUGGGCGACCACACGCCCAUCGGCAUGAAGCCGCCGCCGCCACCGCCGCCGCCGCAAGCCGCCUGGCCCGAGCACGACCGCCUCCCCGAGGACACGGUGGAGCACGAGGACCUGGACCAGCCGGUGCCCGCCGCCUCCAGUGUGGGCGAGCCCCACGACCAGAUCGACGACCACAUCGCCAACCUGCUGCCGCCGCCCGCCCCGCCAGCGACGCCCCUCCGCGAGGAACGGCCCAGCGGAGGCCCGGCCAUCCCCAUCGGCAUCCCGCACCACCACAAGCACCACGAGAUCCUGGACAUGUCUCCACCCGCCAACCAGCCCGCCGUGGUGCACUCCCCGAACCAGGACCAGCACCCGCAGCAUCAGCAACACCAGCAACACCAGCAGCUGCAGCCCGAACCUCAGCCGCUGCAGGACGCCGUGGGCCCCCUGCUGACGGUGGUCGGCUCGCACUCGCUGGCGCCGCUGGGCCUCGGCGACUUCGGCGACUUCGGCCCCACGCAGGUGUCCGUGGUGCCCCAGGGUCAGACCGUGUUCCUGGGCCGGCCCGUCAGCCAGAAGAUGAACGUGGACCAGCAGCACCUCACGCCCGACACCAUCACCGUCCCCAUCAUCCUGCCCGGCAACCCGCAGGUAGUGGAGCGCGCCUCCGGGCAGCCCCUGCUCGUCAACAUCCAGCCGUCGCAGGUGGCCAACGUGCUCAUCCCACACGGCAGCAGCACGGCGCUCAUCUACAGCGGCGACACACUGGAGCACGGCAAGAGGGGCGAGUACUUCGACGACCCGCUGCCGUACCCGGACCCCGACCCCAGCGCCUCGCACUCGGCACACGCCGGCGUCGACCCCACCGGCGUGCCCAAGCCCAGCUCGGCCAUCCGUAUGGACGUGCCCAUCCCGCCGGAGGGCAUCCAGGUGCAGAUCUCGGCCGGCAACGCCGUGCAGGGCCCCUCCGUGCAGGGGCCCUCCGUGCAGGGGCCGCCGCCACCAGGACGCGCGCCCUUCCCUGCGCCCGCGCACGGCCCCAGCAUCCCGCUGCACAACGAGGUACAGGUCGGCGCGCCCCUCUACCACGGCCACCACCAUCACCACCACCAGGAACAUCCCGCGCCACGCCCUCCGCAGCACAUCGGUGACGAGGGUGACCUCUUGGUACCACCACCACCACCGCCGCCAUCACAGCAGCACCACCACCAUCACAACCAACCCAACGCGUUCGUCAACGAGGUGCCACACCGAGGCGGCUUCGAGGAGCCCCCGCUCUCCCAGCAGCACCAGGUGCAGCACCACCUCCACCAGCAGCAGAUCCAGCACGAACAGCAACUGCAGCACGAGCAGAAGCUGCGCGAGCAGCAGAUCCACGAGCAGAAGCUGCGGGAGCAAAUUCACGAGCAGAAGGUCAGGGAGCAGAUUCACGAACAAAAGCUGCGAGAACAACAGAUUCAUGAGCAGAAGCUCCGGGAGCAACAAAUUCAAGAGCAGAAGCUCAGGGAGCAGCACAUUCACGAGCAGAAAAUAAGGGAACAAAUUCACGAGCAGAAGGUCAGAGAACAGAUACAGGAGCAAAAGAUAAGGGAGCAGAUUCACGAACAAAACUUAAGAGAGCAGCAAAUCCACGAGCAGAAGGUGAGGGAGCAGCAAAUCCAAGAGCAGAAGUUAAGGGACCAGCAAAUUCACGAGCAAAAGGUCAGGGAGCAGAUUCACGAGCAGAAGGUCCGGGAACAGAUUCACGAACAGAAAAUGAAAGAACAGCAGCUCCACGAACAGCAGCUGUUGCGGGAGCAGCAGAUCCACGAACAACACCUUCGCGAGCAGCAGCUGCAGCAGCAGCUUCUUCACCAGAUCCAGCAGCAGCCGUCCUCCCUGGUGCCGGCGCCGCCGCGCGGUCCCGGCGGCCUGGACGAGCCCGUGGACUACAUGGACGAGCCCAUCGAGUCGGAGGGCGGCGAGCUGAUCCAGGAGUCCAACGCCAGGCCGCUGCGCCCAGGACAGGUGCCCAUCGAGCUGGAGGUGGCCAACCAGGCCAAGACCACGGAGCGGCCCGUCAUCCCGCACCUCCACCCCCACCACGGGCACGGCCAGGGCCACGGCCAGGGCCACCACAGCCACGCCCCCAGGCCUCAGGAGCCCUUCCGCUUCGAGAGGCCCGGCCCCGGACAAGUGCCCGUCCAAGUGCCGAUCCAGUUGCCGCCAAUCCAGGUGCCCAUUCAGGUGCCCGUUCAGGUGCCUGUGGAGCGACCUUCAACCAAACCCGUCAACUUCGACAUCGAGUCUCCCAUCAAGUCCACCAUUAUCUUCGAGCAGCGUCCAGACAACAAGCUGGAGCCCAUCGAUGCCUCUCCCAUCCCCAUCAACCUGCCGCCACUGCCGCAGCACUCCGUGGACGCGACGCCGCCCAAGCCCGACGUCCCGCACUACGGAGACACGCCACCGCCGCCGCCGCCAUCGACGCCGACGUACCAAGUGCCGCACAAGCCGGCGAAGGGCCGACCGGACCGCCGGCCCACCACUGCCGGGGACCGCGACCGCACGUCCCACGACGACCAGGUGCUCGGCAUGGCGCCGCCCACGCCGCCCCCGCCGCCCGUGCUGGAGAUGGCCAAGCCGCUGCCCACCAUCACGCUGCCAGGGUCCCAGCCAGGGUCGCAGCCCGGCGAGACGGUGCAGCACGCGGUCACGUGGGAAGCCCCCAAACGCUACACCACGACCACCACCACCACGCCUGCCACCACCACCUCAUCCAGCACGACUACCUCGGCGCCGAUCGCCCCGCCGCCCUCCACUAGGAGGCCGCCGUCGCCGUUCAUUCGACCGCUGCGGCCGUUCGGCAAGCCGUCCAGGCAGCCCGCCAGAGGCGACAGCGCGAGCCCCGCGGCCGCGCCCGGCAUCGCGCCUACGCCGCCGCAGCUCGCGGCCACUACGCCGCUCAGCCCGCUGCAGAGCCCUCAGGACAUCGCGCCCACCACGACGCGCGGCCGGCCGACGCCCAGCAACCGGUGGACGGCCAGCCCCGCGGCGGACAGCGUGGCCAGCUCGGAGCCCGCGGUGCCCGGUGUGGUGCCCAGCUCCAUCGCCACGCCACUGGCCAGCUUCUCGGGCAAGUCGAGCCAGGCACCGAGCACCCCGCCCACCAGGGUAUACUUGACGCGACAUCACGGAUCCACCAAUCGCUUCACGCGGCCCACCACCACGGAGAGGUUCACGCCGUCGCCGACGAGGGACACCAACUCGCACACGCGCUACGCCAGCCCGCCCCCCGCGCCGCAGCCCACGCGCUUCAUCACGCACACCGAGACCCUCGUGCUCACGACGACGGAGACCACGGUGGUGCGGGGCAGCGAAGGGCAGGUGCCGUCCACGCAGACGGUCGUGCUCACCUCCACGACCACCUCGACGCGCGUCGACACGGUCACGGAGACCGAGACGCUGGUUAAGCCCACGUCCGUGUUCGAGACCGUCACCACCACAGUGUCGCACACCACCACGCACACGCACACCCACACGGCCGAGCCGCCAGUGCUGCCCACCGUCUACCCGCCGUGGGCCGUGUCUCCCACACCCUACCCGGAGCACGACACCAUCGACGUGCACGUGUCCUCCUCGGCCUCGGGGCACCCUGGAGGCAGCGAAGACGACGACGACGACAUCAUCACGCACCAGGAGGACGGCGAGGACUCCAUCUUCCUCGUCAUGACGGACCAGAAGCCGGGCACGGUGGAGGUGCACAAGGUGCCACCACACUCGGCGGACGACGAGCCCACCAACGCGGACGAGACCAACGAGGUGAAGAACAACGCCGUGCUGCUCGGCGGCGUGCUGGUCGCGUCGCCGCCCGCCGUGGACGGCGACGCCGAGGCCGAGGCCGAGAUGAUGGCCGUGCAGUGCGUGCCGGAGUGCUCGCCCGCCAGGAACGAGCUGUGCCAGCGGAUCAUGGGCGUCAUGCGUUGCGUCUGCAGGCCCGGCUUCGCCAGGAUGUUCCCCGACCAGCCGUGCAAACCGACCUACACGUACAGCAUGCGCCUGGCGCUGGACCGGCACGGCGGCGAGCGCGUCCGCUUCGCCGACUGGCUGUCGGACCCCGCGUCGCCGCGGUUCGCGCGCCUGGCCGAGGCCACCAAGGAGGGCCUGGAGCGCGUGGUGAUGCAGAGCGAGCUGCGCGACGUGGCGCACGGCGUGGUGCUGCAGGGCUUCGCGCCGGCCGGCCAGCACGACGACGAGCACGCCGUCGUCAACUUCUACGUGCAGCUGUCCGACAACACGGACGAGGUGCGCCUCAAGGACGUGUUCCGCAAGAGCCUGCGCGCCACCAACUUCAGCCUCGGCGGCACGGAGGUGUUCGCGGCGCGCGAGAUGCUGCCCGAGCUGGACGCGGCCGACUUCGACGAGUGCGAGGCCGGGCUGGCGGUGGGCGCACCGCGCUUCCACGACUGCUCCGAGCACGCGCGCUGCUUCAACCUGCGCGGCACCUACACCUGCUCCUGCAAGGAGGGCUACGCCGACGUGUCCGACAACCCCCAGUUCCCGGGGCGCACGUGCUCGCCGGUGGGCUGCGAGCAGUGCCACUACCACGGCACCUGCUACUCUCGCGGCCCCAACGAGCGGCCCGUCUGCGAGUGCUUCCAGUGGUACACGGGCCAGCACUGCCACGUCAACCUCAAGGUGCUCCUCAUCGCGCUGGGCACGGUGGGCGGCGGGCUGCUGCUGCUGCUGGUCGUGUGCUGCGUCAUGACGUGCGCGCGCCGCCGGCAGCGCAGGCCCAGCCGGCCGCAGCCGCAGCAGGGCUUCCUGCGCUACCGCGGCCCGUCGCACCGCGACCACGACACCCGCGCCAUGAUCCACGACACCAGCAGCGAGGGCUCCGUCGACAACUCGCCGCUGCCGCCGUACGUCACCGCCAUGCACCAGCCCAUGCACACGAUGAGCGCCAAGCCCAAGAAGACCGGCAUGAAGAAGGUGUCGGUGCCGCACGGCGCGCACGGCUCGCACGCCGACGCCGCCAUGGUGGUGGAGCGCACGGACCGCGGCUCCGUCGGCCUGGGCUCGCCCGUCGGCACCAUGGAGCAGCGCGACCGCUCGCUCACCGUCAUGAUCCCCCGCGCCAAGUACCGCGCGGCCGCGCCCAUGUCGCCGCACGGCGCCACCAUGUCCACCUUCACGGGCGAGCCGGACCCGCAGCACAAGCUGCUGGCGUAUUUGGACAGCCCCACGCCGGUGCACAUGGCGCAGGCCGUGCCGCAGGCCGCGCCGCAGACGGCGGUGCACUCGCAGGGCACGCCGUCACACCGCAAGGGCCCUGCGCCCAGGAAGCCGUCCUCCACCGGCGCCCUCGUGUCGGCCGGCUUCGAGGUCUCGGCCACGGUGGGCCGGCCCGCACGCCACGCCCUCGACGCGGACGACGACGCGUCCUCCAGGGACGACGUGUCCAGGGACGACGUCAGCUCGCACCACCAGCACUACCACCACGACCACCACCACGACCACCGCUUCGACACGCAGCGCACCCGCGUGGGCGACAGUGUGGCGCCCCACGGAUGUCCCGAAGACCAGCUUGCCGCGAGGCUCGCAGACCUGACGGUGUCGGAAGCUCGGUCCUGCGACGAGACCACCAUCCAGCCGCCCACCAGGUGCAUCCACAGCCACGUGUCCAACUACGCCUCGUCGAAGCCGUCUUCGCAUUCAAAUCACAACAACAACGAUGAAAGCCAUACAAUGGUGGAGAGGGACUUAGGAUCGACAUUCCUCAUGCCACAGACACAUCUAUACCAGCCAGAUAGAGGCAGCGACAUUUCAAACUUCGACUCACUAUAAAGUGGCCGGGAACCACUUCGGCGGCCCGCAGGCAACUCAUGCUCAACAGACCUCCCCAAAAGUCCUGUUGGCCCGCCUAUCUGACUCAAUCCAAUAGACUCUAAAGUGAUGUGCUAUUUAAAGUGUAACAGAUAUUUUGUAUUGUAUGAUAGUAGGACUUUAUGUAAUUUUAAAUAAUGUAAUGUAAUGUAUUGAUUGUUAAAAGCUCUGAAAUGAAUAACAAAAUGAUUGUAUGGAAUCGCUAAGGACUGAAACUUGCCACGGUAUCAAGUUGAUGGAAUGAUUACUCACUGAACAGAAACGGCAUUAGAACUCACUCUCGUAAGCCUAGAUGGUAGAUAAGGGAAUUUCUUUACCCUGGUUUAGUGUCUUUUAUGGGUCAACCAUUAUUUCUUUGUAAAUAUAAAGUGUUAAAUUUUAACUUCUUCAUUCAUUAUUUAUCAGUCGUUUGUAUAAUGAAAACUUCACGCUAUGUACAUAUUAAGCUAGUUAACUUACGAGAGAGUUCAUGUUGUUUAAUUGAGUGAAUCAUGUCUUCAUCACACACCUUAUACCUGCCUAGUGCCAAAAGUAUAUUUUUGUAUUUCUUACAGUAAGGUUGAUCUAGUCUUCAUUUUAGGUCCGAUGCCUUCUGGUAAUUUGAGAACCCUUUAUAUAUUCACCAAAAUAAAUUACUGCAAGUUAUACGACCUUAAUGAUGAAGGCGGAUUAUUAUGAUUUAAUUAAGCUGUAAUAUUUUUAUAUGCGAAAUAAACUAACUGACCAUUUAUAAUAA